AAUCUCCGACCAUUUAAGGGCCUAAAACGUUGCGAAAAGUCACGCUAUGUGCCUACGUCUGUAUAGACUUAACUCAAAGUCUAAGAGGUCUCCGGGCCUUUGAGAUUUCUGGGACAGCUUCAACUGUUCUCGUAUUAAUCCAUUUAGUGUUUACUUGCCGUGUAUUAACCGCUUAGCGUUUGUGUGGUCUAGAGACCGAGCUGCCACUUGUACUUAUGUCUAUCUGUUUGUGAGUGUCCAAUUAUUGUAUCUAGUAUUUAUUACACCCAAAUGUCUAAUCUCAGUGGGAGAGCAUUAAGCGUAAUCUGUAUUCAGUGCUCAAUCGCAGCUCAAAUGUCGGCGUAGUGAUUAAAUUAGUGAUAAACCAUACCGAAUUUCAUCCCUGCGGAAAUCCCCUUGAUUUAGUCGUCUGCCAGCCCCUUCCGCGUGAACAAUGGCUUGCCGUGUUGCCUUUCUAGCGGCGCUACUGGCGCUAAUCUGCGCCAGCCAUGUGGCUGCGGCACUGAGCAUAACAGUGCCGGGCACCAAAUGGUGUGGACCGGGAAACAUAGCCACCAACUACGACGACCUGGGCACCGAGCGAGAAACGGACAUGUGCUGUCGGGCGCACGACAACUGUGAGCAGAAGAUUUCGCCGCUGGAGGAGGUCCACGGCCUGAGGAACACCGGAAUAUUUCCAAUAUUCUCCUGCGCCUGCGAGUCCGCCUUCCGGAGCUGCCUCUCCGCCCUGCGCAACGGGCACUCCCUGGCCCUCGGCAAGAUCUACUUCAGCACCAAGGUGAUGUGCUUCGACUAUGGCCACCCCAUCGUCUCCUGCCGCGAGAAGCAGGCGGAUCUGUUCGAGACGCGAUGUCUGAGCUACCGAGUGGACGAGGGUCAGCCGCAGCGCUGGCAGUUCUACGACUUGGCUUUCUACACACACGUCAGCGGCAGCGAGGAGGACUCCCGGGAUUGAACUUCGACAUCCGCCGGCGAUAAGCCCUCGUCUGUUUACAAUGCUGAUUUUGAAACGAUUAAAUUAAAUUGAAUUGAUUAAAAUUUUGAAGGUAGUCUAAUCACUUUGUAAAAUAAACCAAUUAACAUUGACUAAAAUGAAAAA